AUGUCGGGCUUCAAUGCUGCUAUGCUACCGUUGAUGCUGGAAGAGGAGAGCCAAGGAGUAGACAAAUCUCGAAAAGACAGCGUCAUGCAUAUAUCAACAAGAUCUGCGGUCGUACAAUCAUCUCAGGCCUUGUCAGAACCUGUAACGGCAGACGUGACAACGGCCAAUAUUAACAAGCCGGAUCCACACGGGCCCGCCCUAUUCGACACACAGGCAAUUAUCCAACAGGAUGAAGAAAGUGCUUUAUUUGACGCUUUGGUCACCGGAGAGACGGAAGUGAACAAGAAUGACGAGAAUGUGACAAAGAUCGAGGACGAAGCAACCUUCUUUGACAAGGUAGCUUCGCCAGCAUUAGCUCCAGAGGCAAGUGCUUUUCCGGAAGCACUCUCUGAGAGUACUGUCCCUAUAAACUUCGUUCAGAAAGCACCAUUGAGCCCAACUACAUCGAAAAAUUCUCAGGGGGCAGAGCAAGAGCAGGAGCAGGAGCAGACCAGUUUCUUUGAUGCAGUCAAGCCACUUGGGUCUGAACCAAUGCAGUCUCUGGUAUUGCCUCCAUCGCAGAACGCACUCGAGCUAGAUGGAGAGGAGGUGGCUCAGUCUGACGCUGGAGACUUCUUCAAUGGCCUUGGAUCAAUGGCGACCACCGCAGAAGUCGAGGUACAAUCCGAGCCAGAGACUUUGAAGGAAGAGGACCCGUUCGCCGGCAUUGCUCUUGCCUCUCAGACAGUAGCAGUCACCUCCAGCGACAAAGAUCAAGCCUCUACUCAAGCACCAGAGUCAACCAUGCCCGCAGAAGAAGAGGAAUUCGAUCUGGACGCUGAGCUUGGAGAAUUUGACAUCGACGCAGAGCUUGGUGACGAGUUUGCUGAACUGGAGGCCAGUUUUCAGACUCCAAGUGCCGUGGCAAGUCCAAAGCCACCCUCACCCAAAGCGCCCUACGUCAAUCCAUACCGUCCAACGGGUGAGGCUGUAGCAGCUUACCAGGCAGCUCCGCAACAAUCACCGCAUGUCUUUACACCAGCCAAUGCAUCGGCCGCUGGCCGGACCAACGCUUACGCGCCAGCUCAGCAGAACCAGCCAAUCAUGCCUGCACGCUUCUCUCCAGUACGGCCUUCGAAGCCGUCUACACCAUCCUUUGUCAAUGCCAAGUCAACCUACACAGACCCAUAUGCACUACCAGAGUCCUUUGUUGCGCCCAAACGAAUGCGACCUCCUACGCAUGCUCUCAAAAAUGCUCAAAGCGUGCCCGACUUGCGCAACAAUCAAUAUGCUCCACAACAGCCGCGUGCAGCUCCUGGUAUGUCAUCGUUACGGCAGCAAGCUGCGCCUUCGGCACCGCCCAGUGCUCCGCCCAUUGUUCGUCCACCGGCUGGCAAUCGGUACGUUUCGAUGCCGCAGGUAUCUCAAUUGAAUCGUGCUGGUCAGCAGCAUUUAAUACAGGGGCAACUACCACCACAGCAGCAGCAGCAGCAGCAGCAGCAGCAGUAUAAACCGUCGCCGUACCAGCCUGCGCAGGCUCUUGCCGUGCAACCUCAAGUCUUACGGCAGGGACCUCCGACACAACAUGGUCAAGCUACGGCACCUCCUGCUCGUUAUCAUGCUCCGACAGCACCGCAGCAGACAAUGCCGUCAAACGCGUAUGCAGCACGGCCGCCAUCGCUUUCGCGUCCGCCUGCCAUGCAUGAACGUGGAGACUCAAUGGACAGCAAUCCUGCCAUGAAUCAGUAUCAGCAAGACCGUCGAGCCUACUCGCCACCUGCAAUGCGAAACCCAGGUAAUGCACGUCAUUCGAUGCAUCGCUCUUCCUUCGACCAGGAUCGUCAACGUCGCUUGUCGAGUGCGUCAGCAAGUACAAGUGAUGACAGAGAACAUGCUAUGGGCCAAUAUCUGCAAAGUCAGCAAGGUGCAGAGCGAACUAUGUAUUUGGACCAGUUCUCGGUUGUGGAGGAGGAGAUUACAGCGUCGCAGCUACAACAAGGCAGGCCACCAUCGGGUUAUACGCCGCCUCAGCAGCAGCUACAAUUUGGUUCACAGCAGCAGAGACAGUAUGCCCCGCCGCCACCGCAACAGCAGUACGCUUCACAGCAAGCUUCUCAGCAUUCGUCUGCGGCUGAGGAGCAGCCCGAGCAGAUCCGUCCACCGCCGCCGCCGCAACAACAGCGCUCAAAUUAUGCUCCUGCAUCGCACGCUGAUGUUUCGCAGCAAGUUCAACAGCAUCCUUAUGCUCCUCAGCAGCAGGACUCCUAUGGUCCUUCAUCACAGAGAGUCGAGGCUCAAGGUCCCGUACAGCUAGUCUCUGACCACAAUGGACCACCUUCGCGCGAGCAGUACAUCCCCUCUGCACGUACUUCACCGGACCAAUCGAAAGGCCCGUUCGGUCGACGUUCGCUCGAUGCAGUGCGACCCGCCAAAGCUGCACUAGAGAUGAGUCGACCCAAUUCGCGUGCUUCUAGUUCUGGUCGAGCGGCUGCUACAGAGCCCUCCUUCAGUCCGCGUCCUGCGAAGAGUAGCCUCUACCACCCAGGUGGACCUGUGCGUGCCAGCAGCGCUGCACCUUCGCGUGGUGCUACCAUGUACGCCAUGACGACCUCUUCUGAUGCAAGUCGGACGCUUGAUAGUCCGCAUCCCAAGGCAAGAUUUGCCUUUGGAGGCAAGUUGGUUGUAUGCUCUACUGAGCAGCCCAAUGCCUUUUCGCAUGCGUCAGCAAUCCCUCGGCCAGUGACGGUCAUGGCACCCGAUUCGACACUUGCUUCCUCGAUGUUGAGUGACUUUGUUGGUCCUCUAGUACAUGGCAAGCAGAAUGCUAAGCAAAAGAAGAGUGAGGCUCAGGCGUGGUUCACGAGUAGUGCUGCAUCAACACAAGAUGACAAUUUGAGGUUGCUCUAUCGACUGUUGGCUCUUAUGCUAGAGCACAACGGACAAGUCCUUCAGACGCCGGUUGCUAGAACGAUGUUCAUUGCAGAACUAUGCCCUGAGAUGAAGGGAACGACUGAUGCUGACGAUAGCGCCAAUUUCCGCAUUCCAGCUGCCAUGCUACAGCCUGUUAUCCCUGAGGGUGCUCGUGUGCUGUCAUCUCAAACAUUGACAGAUGUUUCGCUCAAGACUUUAUCUGACUUGUUGAUUUGUGGCAAGCAGGCUGCUGCUUUACAACAUGCAUGUGAGCAUCGUCUGUGGUCGCAUGCUUUGUUGAUCGCCUCGCGCUUGGACGGUGACGCGUGGAUUUCAGUGGUCCGAGAAUUCACCCAGGCAGAAUUUGCCGAAAGCUCUGAAGCUGCACAAAGCUUGAGCUUCCUGUACAAAUCACUGGCCGUUCGCAAUACUCAGGACUUGGCACAACUUGGCGCGAGUGACUUCCAGUAUGGCUCACGAUCUUGGCGCAAAUCGCUUGCCAUGCUCCUUGCCAAUGAUAAGCAAGCUCUGUUGACAUUGCCUGCUUUUGCCAAUGCAUUACUGGCUCAAGGUCAAAUCUUCCCGUCACUCAUUUGUCAGGUCCUUCUUUGCAAGCCCGCAGUAGCCUCUAGUCUGCUUGACGAAGGGACGGCGUUCCUGUUCAAGAAUCUGGACGUCCUUUCUGGCAGGUCUGGUUCGCGGGAGUACAAUGCUGCCUUUAUGUGCGCCCAGACGAUCGAGCUGCUUACGGUGCUUGUACAGCCCAAGUUUGCGGGAUACGUGCCACUCAUGUCGCACAAGCUUCAGCAUGUCCAGCUUCUGGCUGACUGUGGCACAUACGCACAAGCGCAUCGAUACUGUGAUGCACUGACAGCCACGUUGAAGCAGCUACCACGACAAGGCCAAAAGGAUACCGUUCACAUCCAGCCGGCAUUUAUUGAGCAAUUGAAGCAGCUCACCAUGCAACUUGAUGCACUGUCGAGCGACGAGGCGGGUGCAUGGCUUACGGGUCGUGUAUCGAAAGGCAAGAUGGAUUCCAUCUGGGGGUCUCUUGAGGGCAAAUUCAAUAAAUUUAUCGCUGGCGAUGGAUCACCGAAUGUAGAUGGCUCUUCAGACGUGGCCACAGGAGGAGGUGUCCUUGGCAAAGGUCCCUUUGCACACGUACUGCCGACACCAACAAUCAGUCGUAUUGGAAGUGCUGCUGAUUUGACAUAUGGAGGCAGUGCCGCUGCCUCACCUGUACACGAGAUGCAACCGCAGCCAUUCGCAUCGGGUCCGUAUGUGGAAAAAGUGCCUGCUGGGUAUGGUAUGCAAGCGGCUCAUGUGCCAAGUCCAUAUGCUCCAACGCAAGGCGGAACAUCACUGAGACGUGAGACAAGUGGGUAUGGUAACAAUGCAUACGCACCAGCUCAGCAACAACAGCAAUCCAGACCAUUCUCGCCGGCUGUUGGUAAUUAUGCCACAACGGAACCGCAAGGCUUGGGCAUUGUUCGCCAGGGAUCGUAUUCGGAGAGGGAACCUUACAAUCAAGAGCAAGGACAGCAACGGCCAGGUCAACAGUCUUCCUAUGGUGGUUAUGUGCCAAGUCGUCGCGAGAGUGAGGAUGGUGUUGGUCAACAGCAACGGUAUACGCCUGCACAACCACAACAGCGAUACGCACCGCAGCAGCUUGAUCAGGCUAGUGAAGCUCGUGAUGCAGUUGAGAGCAGAUACCAGCCUGCCCCUCCCAUUUCGGAAGCUAAAACAGAGACUGAGCAGCCUGCGACGCCGAGUGGAGACGCCAGCAAGGAAGCUGAAAAGUCCGACAAGACGAAACAAAGUGAAGCGGAUAAAGCUGCAACUGCCAGUCCGAAAUCUACUUGGCUUGGUGGUUGGUUCAGCAAGAAGGAAAAAGCCCCCGUUGAGCAAGCGAGUAAACCUGGCGAAGCGCCAAAGGUGCACAAGGCUAAGCUGGGUGAAGGCAUGUCAUUGGUGUACGAUCCUGUUACAAAGAAGUGGACGAACCCGAAAGGAUCCAUGCCAGAGGAGAAGACGCUUGCUGGCCCUCCUCCACCGUCUAUGAAACCCAAGGCAGCUGCUGGACCUGGGGGCAUGCCACCUCGUGCACAAGCAACCCCUUCGCAAAGCAUGUCUGCACCAUCGAGUCAAGCGCCUGUCUCUGCAGCAGGAACGCCACCUAUGAGGCCACCAGCAGCAGCGGCUGCUGCUAUACCCAUCGUAUCUGGCAACGCUGAUGCAGAUCUCGCUGCGAUUCUUGGAGCGAGUAGUAAACCGCGACCGCGACGAGCGGGUGCUGGUCCUCCCGGGGGUGGGACACCGCCGUCAACAGCUGUUGGGGAGGAAGACGAUAUGCCUUUGCGUGGGAGUGCAACGAUGCCAAACAGACGCAAGCCGCGCGCCAAGGGUCGGUAUGUGGAUGUCUUUUCUGAAGGUGCACCAGCAGAAAAAGCUGCUUGA